GUUAAGAAAGCGUCGCCAGUGUGUCUGUUUUCAUGCUGCUAGUAUGACUGCGCGGGUCGCUCAACUCGGCUCUUCGCGUUUCUGCGGCGUGUGUGGAAGGACGGGAGCGCUCGCUGCUCCUCUCUCUGCUUAACGGCUGUGCCGUACACCCUCGUGCAACUUUAUUGUGAAGUAACAGCAGUCCUCUGGCACACUUAGAGGACAUGGCAGCCGCGACCGUGGCUGAGGCGGACCCGGCAGAGACCGAUGGAGCUGCCGCCGCCGCCGCCGCCUUUACGGAUCUACGCGACACAGGCUGGAAUGAAUCGCAGCUUCGACAAUAUACUUUUCCAACCCGACAGAUACCGCGACUAUCCCAUACAGAUCCGCGUGCUGAGGUCCUCAUCAAUAACGAGGAGCCUGUUGUAUUAACAGACACCAGUUUAGUAUAUCCAGCUCUAAAAUGGGACAUACCCUACUUGCAAGAGAACAUUGGAAAUGGGGACUUCUCUGUUUACAUAGCAGAAAAUCACAAAUUCUUGUAUUAUGACGAGAAGAAGAUGGCAAACUUUCAGGAUUUUGUGCCCAAAUCUCGUCGAAUAGAGAUGAAAUUUUCUGAGUUUGUGGACAAGAUGCAUCAAACAGAGAAACAAGGUGGAAAAGAAAGAGUGUACUUGCAACAAACUCUGAAUGAUACAGUUGGCCGAAAAAUAGUGGUGGAUUUCCUUGGAUUCAAUUGGAACUGGAUUAACAAACAGCAAGCUAAACGAAACUGGGGACCGCUGACCUCAAAUUUGCUGCUCAUAGGCAUGGAAGGCAAUGUGACACCAGCACACUAUGAUGAGCAGCAGAAUUUCUUUGCACAAAUCAAAGGACAUAAGAGAUGCAUCCUCUUUCCUCCAGAUCAGUUUGACUGCCUCUAUCCUUACCCAGUUCAUCAUCCUUGUGACAGACAGAGUCAGGUUGAUUUUGAAAAUCCAGAUUAUGACAAGUUUCCUAAUUUCACAAAUGCUGUUGGAUAUGAGGCUGUUUUGGGACCAGGUGAUGUCUUAUACAUCCCAGUAUACUGGUGGCAUCACAUUGAGUCCCUGUUAAAUGGAGGAGUGACCAUCACAGUAAACUUCUGGUACAAGGGGGCACCCACUCCAAAGAGGAUAGAGUACCCUUUGAAAGAUCAUCAGAAAGUGGCCAUAAUGAGGAACAUAGAGAAGAUGUUGGGAGAGGCCUUGGGGGACCCUCAUGAGGUUGGUCCAUUGCUGAACAUGAUGAUCAAGGGCAGAUAUGAUCAUGGACUGAGUUAAUGGCCUGAGCUGAACUCUCUUUAGUGUGCUGCUAAGAAGGUCUGUUGAUAUGUAUGUGUGGAUAUGAGUAUAUGCUUGUGUGUACAUUCAGACUGUUGAAACAGACUGUUGCCAGUGCAUGGCAGUAUUUUGGCAGUUUAAAGACUUCCGCCUUUUGUCUGUUUUCAACUAUAGCUAGUUCUAUGUUGGUGUAAGAGGAAAACCACUGAUGAGGAAUCUUAAGUUGAUCUCUCCUUAACAAGUCCUUAAAUUCAUAUGUGUGCAGCAUUACAUGCUAAAAAAUAGACGAAUGCAUUAGCAGAGCCUGUAAAGCACUUUUACACCACCCAGAGUGCCUGUUGUCAGGUUUUGUCCCAUGUUGGGACAAAGAAGGUGCCAUAUGUCAUGAUUAAACUCCUGUGGUUGAGUCCGUGCUGUGAAACUGGCAGCGUGCCUCGAGCAUAUCCACAAAGGAGGAUGAUUUACAACUUGAAACCUACCAUCAGCUCAUUGACGGUUUUAAACUGUUGAUACUACCAUGAUUUGAUGGUGGUUUUUUGUGUUUGCUUUUGAAUUUGAUCUCAUGGAUUAACAGUGUUUCUGUUAGGAUAGAGGUAAUGCAGAAUACAAUGGUCAGCCACAAUGUUUUUAAAACAAAGGAUUUCUUAUCCUUUGGUAGCUGACUCACUGAAUUAAAAUUUGCAUUUGUUAUUAUUAUUAUUUUUAGGUAAGAGUACAUUAAGGCAAAUGUUUUAGUUUCUUGGUGUUAUUUUUCAGUGAAACAUUCUAUGGUACCAUUUCUGUAAGGAUUGUAAUUUAGAACAAACUACACUUGCCAAGUGUUAGCUGUCUCUAUGAAUUGAAAGGAAAUAAAAGAUUUUGAAUGGUUUGGUCUAAUAUUAAGUCUUUGAAAAUGCAGUUCAACUAAUUUUUUUUUAAUUGCAACUGUUAUUCUGCCAAUUACUGUUUUUGUUGUUAAAAUGAGUGCAUUUAAGAUACAAAAUGUGUGUGCUAAAUGCUGAAAAUGAUUUUGUUUUUCACUUUUGUUCAGGGAAGAAAGCAAACAACACAAAUGGCCACUUUAAUUCUUUAAAUGUAUACAGUGUUUUAAAGUUUUCUUCAUUACAUAAACCUAUUGGUAUAUCAUGGACUUGUAUCAGCUGACUAUAUUUUGCCAAAAUGUCAAAGUGUACCAUCAAUGAUAGUAGUCAUCUAUCAUAUAAACUGCCUAUAAUCACAGACACAAAAUAUGAAAUAAAGUAUAACUCUGGGAACAUUUGUCUUGUUACAGGCAUUCUUACAAAGUCAGAAAAUUCUGACAAGAUUAUUUUGAAGUGUUUGGCCUUUCACGGACAUGUCUUUUGUCUUUAAAAUAAUGAUUUAACAGGUGUUCUAGUGUUGUUUAAUGUGCUUUAGAGCAUGAUCUAAGUUGUGUAAAAAUGUAAGAGAACGGAACCUGUUACUUCAAAGACUAUGCAUGAUCUUUUGAUUUCUGUAGUUCUCAGUACUGAUUUCUGAGUGGCUUAAAGUGGUUUUGUCUGUUCUUCUAGUCUUUAAAUUAAAACAUGUUUUCUUUUCUCACCUCUGUCUUUAGAUGUGUAUAUUCCUCCACACUAAAAUUAAAUUAUUCUUUAAACACAACCUCAUUAUUCUCUUCAGUGUACUUAUAAAGGUAGAAA